AUGGAUAUUCAUGUUCUUCAAAGCCAGCCCGCCCAGAAGGUCGGGUUUAAAGACUCUUCCACGGUUCGUGUGGGUAAUAAACUUGUUCGCAAUAAGCCGCCCACCCAGCCCUCUGCUAUGCGACCCAAGCAUUUGGUCCGCGGCGGGUUCCAGCCGCGCCUUCCGACUUCGCUGCCGCCCCUAGGGCAGCAGCAGCAGCCGUCGCCGCCACCACACCGACAGCCCGUCCCGUUGAUGCCUCCCGCGCAGCUUCAUACGGGAGCGACCCGGGUGGUCGCUCCGGCGCCUGCGGUCCCUCUUCAGUCGCCACCGCCUUCGGAGCUGAUGGACGUCAACCCCUCAGCCGGGCCGCCUUCCCAAGCGGUGGCUGUGCAGCCUGUACUGCCGCCGCUUUCCUUGGGCACCCCCAAGGAGUCUGACACCGCAGCGCCUUGUCCGGCGCCCACUCAGCAGCCGUCGACGCAGCGUCAGGAGACGCUGCCUCUCUUCGUGGGUCCCGACGCCCCGUCGCGUCCAGUACCAGAAGCUGCGCCCGUGGUCACAGGCGUGCACCCUGACCUCGGUUUUCAGUCGGUGUUUCCCGAGGCCCCGCGCAGCCAAUGCUGGGGUGCGGACCGGGGACUGCCACCGACAACAGUCUCCGCCCCGUUGUAUGAUGCUAUCACGCAACACAUAACGAAGAUCGUGCGACCCGCACUAGAUAAAACCGAAGAUAUAAGCGAAAUCGGCAGGAAGAAACUUAACAGGGUUGCUAAAACGAUAAUUAAGAAAUACAACAGUGUGAUCAGGAUCGUGGACAGCUGGCUGGACAAACUGGAGAACAAACUGAACGGCGCAGAAGCUGAAGCAGCAUCUGAUGCGGAGACUUCAGAGGAGGAGCAGCCGCUGUCCAGAGCUCAGUCCACGGACUCGUUGCACCCGGAGCAGUUCCUAUCAUUGCCGCAGCAGUGA